AUGUCUAGUAGAAAGAGAUCGCGAGACUCGGAGGACAGAGGGGACCGCAAAAGGCACAAGGAAUCAAAACACGAUGUGGAAAAACUCAAGAAACAAGCGAAAAAACUCAACCAAGAAGUGCAAAAGCUGAAGCAUUUGGAGACCUUGUAAGUAAAGGACACGUUUUUCGGUGGUAUCGAACUUGUGUUAAUAAAACAUAACAGUGUAGUUGAUCUGCCAUGGGAUUUAGCCUUAAUGCUAGCAACGCUUCCCAUCAUUUCAGUUCUGAUACUGUGCCUUGCCCUUGGCUGGUAGAACUUGCACAGGGGUACUGUACCUUAACCACUAUCUGGACAAGGGAGACGAUGCAUGUGACGUGAUUCAUAUUCAACGUCUCCUUUGCUCAGAUACUGCAUCAAGGGGUACCUAGCUACCUACACACAAAGUUUAUCAUCAUAUUGAUUCUCACAAGCAUUGUUUUCUUUUCCCCUCUAUGCAGUUAUGAAAAACCUCCUCCUGGACUCAUAAAGGUUUAGUAGAUGCACAUUUUUGUCUACUUGCUUUAUUACCAGUUAAUUAAUAACUGAGAUAAAAUAAUAUGGAAUAGUUCAUUUAUCAGUAGAAGGACAUGCAUUUAGCCUGGUCCCAGAUCCGUUUGUGUUCUUGCCGGCUCUGUCUGUCUGUUGUCAAGCCAAAGCAUGACGAUGAGUGACAAGGAGUUGGCAUAAGAGCACAAGCAGACUGGCACUCAGGCUAACAUGCAUUAUAAUGGAAACUGGAAUAUGUGGCAUCUUGCAUCUACUUGAAACACGGUGACUGUGUUUUUUAGGCGGAGGAGUACAAACCAGAGGACUGUAUUCCUGCUGAUCCAGGAAAUGAGGAUGCUAGGGACUUCCUGGCUCACGCCCCCACCAAGGGGCUGUGGAUGCCUCUGGGGAAGGAGGUGAAAGUCAUGCAGUGUGAGUAUAAACACAGAGGGUUAUUAUGAGUGUCCUGCAUCCCCAAUGGCACCCUGGUCAAAAGGAUUGCACUAUAUAGGGAAUAGGCUGCCAUUUGGGAUACAUCCCUAAACUUUGGGAUGCAUCUCAAAAGUUUAAUGUAGCUUCCUCACCUUGUCCUUCGUCUCCUGUCCUUCAUCUAUCCAGGGUUUCUUAAACUAUGGGUCGGGACCCAAAGUGGGCCCUGGGCAUGUAAGAAGAGGUUGGUCGCGAGAGUACUUCUAUAGUCACACACAAUUUAUUCAUACUUUUUUGGGGGGGGGAGUUACAGGUACAUUAUCCAUUUUAAAUGAUACGUUUAUAAAACCUGUACCCGUAGGCUGCCACUCAAAAGAAAAUAAAAACAGUAAGAAAUACAUGCAGAGUUUAAUAAUAAAUUCAGUAUAAACAGGAAAAGAAAAGAAAACAUUAGUGGGCCUCCACCCCAACCUCCCAUUCCCCCAAACCCCACCCAGCCAACAUGUCUCCAUCCAACCGCCCCACUCCCGGAAACCAUGUUUCCCACCCCCCACCCCAUGUUUCCCCCCCCCCCACCCCAUGUUUCCCCCCCCCCCACCCCAUGUUUCCCCCCCCCCCUAGCAACUAGGGUUGCUCGUCAGUCACCCCCCGCCCCACAUCCUGCCGAUAUAUACAGUACCAGUCAAAAGUUUGGACACACCUACUCAUUCCAGGGUUCUUCUUUAUUUUCUACAUUGUAGAAUAAUAGUGAAGACAUCAAAACUAUGAAAUAACACAUAUGGAAUCAAAAAAGUGUUAAAACAAAUCAAAAUAUAUUUUAGAUUCUUCAAAGUAGCCACCCUUUGCCUUGAUGACAGCUUUGCACACUCUUGGCAUUCUCUCAACCAGCUUCAACAGGAAUGCUUUUCCAACAGUCUUGAAGGAGUUCCCACAUGCUGAGCUCUUGUUGGCUGCUUUUCCUUCACUCUGCGGUCCGACUCAUCCCAAACCAUCUCAAUUUGGUUGAGGUCGGGUGAUUGUGGAGGCCAGGUCAUCUGAUGCAGCACUCCAUCACUCUCCUUCUUGGUAAAAUAGCCCUUACACAGCCUGGAGGUGUGUUGGGUCAUUGUCCUGUUGAAAAACAAAUGAUAGUCCCACUAAGCGCAAACCAGAUGGGAUGGCAUAUCGCUGCAGAAUACUGUGGUAGCCAUGCUGGUUAAGUGUGCCUUGAAUUCUAAAUACAUCACAGACAGUGUCACCAGCAAAACACCCCCACACCAUAACACCUCCUCCUCCAUGCUUUACGGUGGGACCCACACAUGUGGAGAUCAUCCGUUCACCUACUCUGCGUCUCACAAAGACACGGCAGUUGGAACCAAAAAUCUCAAAUUUGGACUCAUCAGACCAAAGGACAGAUUUCCACCUGUCUAAUGUCCAUUGCUUGUGUUUCUUGGCCCAAGCAAGUCUCUUCUUCUUAUUGGUGUCCUUUAGUAGUGGUUUCUUUGCAGCAAUUCGACCAUGAAGGCCUGAUUCACGCAGCCUCCUCAUCGACUUAAUUUUUGUUAAUCAUUAUGAAUUCAUUCAAUUCAGUUUCAAAUUGUUCACAUAAAGUCAGAUUUUGUAGUAAGGAAACAUUAAAGAGUCAUCUUGUUGCUCUUUUAGGAGUUUCUGAAAUGUGUAUCUGGCAGUAAUAAGCAUGAUGGUCAGAUAGGCUCAUAUGCCGAAUUUCUAUUUUCUUGAUGAAUAUUGAGCCAGCCAAAUUAGGGUUAGCCUAGAUCUGUCAGCUCGUCCCCUUGUUUGUUGGACUUGAUGUGCUUAUCGAAUAAUAAGAAUAAGUCUUGAGCCUCCUUGGCAGUAGAAAACGUAUGUGUUGUAUUCUGGAAGGUCAAGAUAAGUUUUGCCAGGUGGAUGAAGCAGCAUCUCAGGUUUAGCUUGCGUAGCUGGGUUCUCACCUCGUUGUAGGUCUCCCUCUGUUUCAGCAGUUCAGCACUCAGGUCUGGGUAAAUGCUGAUCCUCUUCCCUGCAUAGGUCAGACCCCCGGGUUCCGCUGCAAGGCGAAUAAUUCACUGCUUGACUUCAAAGUUGUGGAUCCGCACAAUCAUACAGCGAGAUCCGUACCGGAGAGGACCCGUGUGACGCGCAAUGGUAAUCAGCGGCAUGGUACACAGCUUCUCCUGCCCGAACAGUUCAUAGAACAAAUUGGUCAUGAAGGAAGUUGGGUUGACCGUUACACCAAUUUCAAGUCCUGUGACCCGCACAUUGAAUUUCCGGGAAUGACUUUCGAGUGAUUCCGUCUUCUCUUUUGGGAGUUUGAUUAUCCCUUCCAACCUAGCUUGCGCUGUUUCCAGGUCAUGGAGUCGCACCUCUGUCUUAUUGGCUGGCCUCUCCAGACUUUCCACUUUGGUUGAAUAGGUAUCCAGUUUAGCAGUGAGCACUGCCAAUGAUUCAUUUACUGGUUUUAAUUGUAAGUCGAGGGCAGAGGUAAUCUCCUCACGAACAAUCUCUCGUAUAGUAAUGGCCAGCUCUUUCUGUUGUCUGGUAUUAAGAGACGCCAUGUUCCCACAGUUGAAUUGUGGACAGACAUUCUAGCUGCUGAAGUGUAAUAGACCUAGUUAUUUCUUGAAUGAAUGUCCCACACCUUAAUAUGAUCAAAGUUCAGGUGGGCUUUCGCGCUAAUAGGAUGUUAAGUAUUGACAAGUUUUAGGAAAUGCUGUAUGUCCGUUAAUUCAAAGUAAUUAGGAAAAGAAAGACACACGUUUCAAUGCAUGCCACCGGAACCAGAAUUUAUUCUUAAUUUGACUACACUGAUGUGAUAGAACCUUAAAAACGUAGUGCUUCUGCCACCGACUGGGAUGAAAUAGCCACUCCUUUGUAAGUGGGUCACUAUCACAGAUAUAGAGAAUGUACAGCGUGAAAUGGCAGAGGUCCAUCCAUGCUUAUGUGAGCAUGCACAGCACUAUUAAAAUAUAGCAGAAAGUCAAGGAAAGUUGCCUUCAUCGCUGGAUAGUCCUGGUCCUUAUCCUCUUCAUGCUUCCCUCAGUCCAGAGGGUGUCACUUUAAUUCAACCCCACUGAGAGAGACCGGAGAGUGGCUAUGGGUGCUGCCCAAAUGGCGCCCUCUUCCCUAAUAUGUAGUGCACUACAUUUUAAUGAGGUCAGGGUCGAGUCAGUGUAGCGGAGAUUAACUUUUGUUCUGCUUGUCCCUCAAAGAACAAAGGCUUUCAUUAUUUCCCACCAAUAAUUCCUCCAUCCAUCCCUCCCUCCCUCCGUCCCACUCGUUUUCAUGAUAUGCGAGUGGACAGAAAUCAUACAGGGUUAGUCUACAAAGUUCUCAUUUGUUCUCCAGUGGAAUUCCAAAUCCUAAUAUGUUCCAGAUAAUACGGUGGCGAAAUGUUGUAAUGUGAUUUUUAAUUGCGUGGCGUUUCAGAGAUUAAAAGGAGUUGAGAAACAUUUUGUCAGAUGUAGGCUAAGUCAUAAACAGGUGUAGCCUACAAGCCAUAUAAAAUAAAUAUGAAUCUCUUCCAAUUUCCAACACUAACUUGUUUGGGUGAUUUCUGAGCGGGCAGGAGACGUGAAUGUGCUUGUGGUACAAACAUGACUAUAUUCUCCCUCCCUUGUGCAGGUUGGAGAUGCAAGCGCUAUGGGCACAGGACAGGGGACCGAGAGUGUCCCUUCUUCAUCAAAGGAAACCAGAAACUGGAGCAGUUCAGAGUGGUGAGUCUCAUCCUUCCGUCCAUCCAUUCAUCCAUCUUUCAACUGAUCAUCAAGCCUUUUGACUACUUAAAUAAAAUGUGUUACUGCUGGGCUCAAACAAACAUGAGUCCCCAGGACCAGGAUUAGCACUGGCAGACACCCUUUGGGACGUCUGCUCCUGGUCCCAACCAUAACCCCUUGGGGACGUCUGCUCCUGGUCCCAACCAUAACCCCUUGGGGACGUCUGCUCCUGGUCCCAACCAUAACCCCUUGGGGACGUCUGCUACUGGUCCCAACCAUAACCCCUUGGGGACGUCUGCUACUGGUCCCAACCAUAACCCCUUGGGGACGUCUGCUCCUGGUCCCAACCAUAACCCCCUGGGGACGUCUGCUCCUGGUCCCAACCAUAACCCUGUGGGGACGUCUGCGUGCUUGCCUGCCUGGGACCAUGAGCAUGCUUUAUUGAUGCAGCUGGACACAGUAUGGUUGCAUCCCAAAAUGGCACCCUACUCCCUAUAUAGUGCACUACUUUUGACCAGGAGCCAUAUUGACUUUUGUAAAAAAGUAGUGCACUAUAUAGAGAAUCGGUGCCAUUUGGGACGCAGAAGGCAUCUGUGCUGCAGCUGGAUGCUUCUGGAGCUGGACUCCUCAGCAGAUUCACAGGGCAGUUCUUCUGUAGGCCUGCAUGCAACGAUGCCACUGCAAUGAUAAUCAUAAGUGCAAGUGUAUCAUAUUUUGUGAUAGAACCGGAUUUUAAAAUGCUGAUCCGGCAGAGGAGAGUUGAAUGGGUGGAAAUAAUGUGCCCAAAAGCCUGAAUGGAGUUUUACCUUGCAGUGCUUGUUGUCAUUGGAGCUUUGCAAUGUAUGUUAUCUUUGAAAUGUUGUAAAUAUGUAGCUAAACCGUGUGUUUCUUGCAGGCACACGAAGACCCAAUGUACGACCUGAUCCGAGAAAACAAACGCAAUGAAAAAGAAACAAGGUACUUUCUGGCUUUAUUAUUAAAAAAACAAAAAACUUUAUUAUAAACAAAACUUAUUUUUCAGAAGAAUGUUUGAAUAGAUGUCCCCUUCUCUACUGUUUGGAGUUGGUCAUCGUUAAGGUAGUCUGAUGCAUAGGGGUCGUUUAAAGGACAUUGCUUGUGUAACUAUAUCGAUUCAGACAAGCUAUUUUGGAGCACGAUCACAGGGGACUUUCCGAUUCUCUUUGUUUUGCUCCCAACAAUGCUGAUGCUAAGCUACAUCCAAGUAAACAAACUGACGACGAUACUCUGCUUUUAUAGACUAGGCUACAUUCCAGUUAUCAGGUUAAGAUGACAUACAUUUGUAAUUAGAGUGAACUAACCCUUUCAUUUUCCGACUGUCUCAGUCAGAAUAGUCUAUUAUUAAUUGAGUGCAUUUUAGCACAGGGAAAGAACAACAACAAAGUCACAUGAAAGAAAACUCUGAGUCAUCAGAGGACACACUGAAGUCAAUGCCCACAUGUAAUUAGACUAAAUCAAUCACAUCCUGACAGCUGACACAGCACAUAAUCAAACUGGUGAAUAAAAGUACUUUAAAAACUACUAUGAAUGACAUUGAAUGUGAAUUUUGGUGUCUACAGAGAAGUUUUAAAGUACCAUCUGAACUGUGGUGCAAUAUGAGAGACUCAUGUGAGUAUGAUAGGAGAGAGUGUGCGAUGGACAUGUUCUACAGGAUCAUAUGAGCUAUGAUGAUAUGAGAGACGGAGUGAAAUGUAUUUGUGGUAGACUUGGCCAAAGGACCCACGAGUCAACCCAGCUCUGUCUCAGAGUGUUUGCCUUGAACAGUCCUUAUGAUUACUUCACUGUUCUCUGGGUGGAUGUUGUCAACAUAGAAGAGAACAACGCUCCUCUGAUGAAUUCUUAAUGAAGUUUGAGGAUUGCUCGGGAACCACCGUGUUUUAAGUUUGGGUUGUUUUCAGUCUCUUGCAACUUGCACAAGCUCUCUUGUUCCUCUCUGAGCAUACCGAAUCAAUGGAAAUGUAAAGUUUUGAGCUAAUCAAAGGAAGUGGAUGCCUCGGUCUCUGAACUGUUUGAUCAUUCGUGUUAUAUCCAUAUUUUAUUGAAGAAUGUUGUGUUUCUCAGGCAGUGUUUCAGCAUCUUGAUAUCUGGUCUGGUCUGGUGUGAGCUGCAGUGCUGUGCUACUCUGCUGGCUGCCUGAAAUGAGCUCGCACUCUCUCUGUCUCCCGCUCUCUCUCGUGACCCACUUUAGCACCAGCUGCAAGCACCUGUAGCCCAUCCAAAUCCCCAUACUCAGGACUCACCAGCUGUCAGCUGACCAUCACUGUUAAAGGACUUGAUUCAUAACCAGGGACACUUCUGAGCUAAAUCUGAGAUGGCCAAUGAUUGUAGAGGAAAACUCUCUGGGAUAUUCCAAGAAGAGGAUGUGUGUGUGUUUGUUUGUGCCUGAAGAUACUGUGUUUCAGUUCAUCAUACCUCUCCUUGAAUGGUUCUAACCCAUCUCCCUGUCUAUUUCCCUCUCUCUUUCUCUCCCUCCCCCUAUCUUUCUCAUCCCUCUCUCUCUCUCCCUCCCCCCUAUCUCUCCGCCUCUCUCUCUCUCAACCCCUCCCUCUCUCCAGGAUCCAGCAGCUGCAGCAACUCCUGCAGGACACCACCUCCUCUUCCUCCGACUCGGACAGCUCCUCCUCUUCCUCCGACACCGGCGGCCGCAAGAAGAGGAAGCACAAGAAAAAGGACAAGAAAAAGGACAAGAAGAAGAGGAAGAGGAAGAGGAAGAAGAAGUCCCCCAAAAGCAGUGACUGUUCUGAGUCCGAUUGA